CACAUCGUCUUACAACGUUGCUGGCGUUGGAAGCUGUCAACUCAAAGGCCCCCAAGAUCCUGGCAUUAGGGAAGAUUCUGCAGUGUGAAGGUCACUGCUGGACUUCCGAGGCUCGAGGAAACCCUCACCCAGACAGGGUCCUGUGGACCCACAGCCGCUGAGGGCUGGUCUUUGGGGUGGGACUAACGCAAACAGACCAUCCCACUUUCACAUUCCAGCUUUUAUUGUUCGGUUUAGGAUCCGCCUUUACCUUCCCAAGGCUGAGGCAAUGCUUCCUGGCAAUUUCAUCCUCCUGGGAAACCGACCCAGAGAGCUCAGGAGACACCAACUUACUGGAAAAGUACAGCAGGGAGGAAAUUGGAACGCACUAGGCUUCUGGCAUUCCCUCCCCUGAUUCCCUGGUGACAGCCAAGAUCCGGGAAACUGCACUUACAUCUGUAUUUCCAGAGCCUAGCACACUCCCUGGCAUGAAAAUAUCUCUCCAGGCGGCGUUCACAUGCUUGGGACGGAGGCUUUUAACUUGGCAGUGCUGUUUAAGCAAACAAAUCCACUCAGUCGAAUGCAAUGAUUAACAGGAACUGAGAAUAGACAGUCACAGCGCGGCGGGGAGAAGAGAGAAGAGACGGGGUUUGAAGUUCCAGGGCUGUGACCUGCAGAAUGGUCACCUCACCCGCUGGGGACUUUGCUGAGGAAAUAAGGGGGCGCCCCGGCACCUGGGAGUGGUUUUGUGUAGUAAUAGGGAUCCAGGGAGUGGGAGAACCGAGCGGGCAUGGCAAACGCAAAGAAGCCACUUCAGAAAUGUGUAAAAGAAAAGUGAAAACGCAACUUAACUGUAAAUGAAGACCGAAGGGGAAGGGCGGAAAAAAAAAAGACAAAACAUGCUAGCCACUGACAAGAGCCACGUUCGCCCUGUGGGAGCGGGGACACUAAGUUAAAGGCGCUGAAGUGCUGAUCGUAUCUCAGAAGACGGUCUGCUUGUUUCCUGGUUCUCACCAUGGUCUCCUGUAAGUACUGUCUGUUCAGCUUGUCUCUGCUUAGUGCCCUGAUUUUUGUGUUUAUUUACAACAACAAGUUACAGGAGGACAGGCGUUUUCUGGGGGCCGCUCUGUUCAAUGCUUCGCUCUUAGCAGAAGCCUGUGAUGAGCUGCUUCAGGGGGAGGUUUUCCACCUAACGGAAAAUGCAUUGAAAACAACCCUCAAUGAAUCCACCUGUUCUGAGUACAGAGUCCAGAGUCACUACAUAACCCAGACGCUCUCCCAAGAAGAAGCUGCCUUCCCUCUGGCCUUCACGAUGACUGUCCACAAAGACUUUGGCACUUUUGAGAGACUCUUCAGGGCAAUCUACAUGCCGCAGAAUGUCUACUGUGUGCACGUGGACAGGAAGGCUACAGCGACGUUCAGGCUCGAGGUGGAGCAAUUGCUGAGCUGCUUCCCCAAUGCCUUCCUGGCCUCCCGCACCGAGCCCGUGGUCUACGGUGGGAUUUCCAGGCUCCAGGCAGACCUGAACUGCAUGAGAGACCUAGUGGCCUCCAAAGUCCCGUGGAAGUACGUCAUCAACACCUGCGGGCAGGAUUUCCCACUGAAGACCAAUAAGGAGAUUGUCCAGUACCUGAAAGGAUUUACAGGGAAGAACCUGACCCCCGGGGUGCUGCCCCCAGAUCAUGCCAUCGGACGGACUAAGUACGUGCAUCAAGAAUUAUUAGACAGCAAAAAUUCGUACGUGCGCAAAACAGCACAGUUAAAAUCCCCCCCUCCGCACAACAUGACCAUCUACUUUGGCACUGCCUAUGUGGCCCUCACAAGAGAAUUUGCUAACUUUGUCCUGCAAGACCAGCAAGCCCUGGACUUACUUUCCUGGUCCAAGGACACCUACAGCCCCGACGAACAUUUCUGGGUGACUCUCAACAGGAUUCCUGUACAGGAAGGCAGAAAGUCGCUGAAGAGCAAGACUUCCUCGAGUUUUAUGAACUCACCUCAAAUCUGAUGGCUUUUAAAGAUACCCAGUAGCUAGUUCCUCACGUACUGCAGAUGAUUGCGUGUCAACAGCUCAAGGCAUCCGAAGCGCGGGUGAAAUGGGAACCAACUUGCGCUGUCCGGGAACAGUAGCUAUCACAUUUCUCAGACUAACGUGUGUUUAGUUUGUCAUAUGUCAUCACUGCGACCCUUAAGGGGAUAAGUCGCCCUCAUCCUGUGGCCCCAAGGCAUCAUUCUUAAUUCCCUCUUCCCACACACAUAGACGCUAUUUACUGCAGCUCUCACUGUCAAAGAUUUUUUUUUCUUUUUUUUUUUUGUCUUUUUGUGACUGAUAAUCUACUUAGAAGCUGUGCCGGCACGCAGCACUCAGGAGGCUGAGGCAGGAGGAUCGUUGGAAAUUCGAGACCAGCCUGGGUACAAAGUGAGCUCACGGCCAGCCUGAACUGCAUAGCGAGACCCUGCCUCCAAAAAAAAAAAAAAAUCUACUUAGAGGUGUUGCAAGGGCCUUUUCCGAUAUCUGGUGUGCACCCAGAGUCAGACAGAACGCUGAGAGGUAACAGAAAUAAACCCCAAGGAGUAGAUGUCCUAAUGCUGCGGUUUCCCGGGGCUGCUAAGAGGUUGUGAGGCUGGCCAGAAAAAGUAGAGCCACUUAUGGUAGAAGGCCAGGGGAGCGGGGAGAGAAGGGCGACCGGGCGGGAGUAGGGAAAGAGAGAGGGAGGUGGGUGGGGGAGAGGCCAGCGCCUCUCGGGGAGCAGGAGAGCAGGGCUCGCUCCAAGCGCCUCAUUUGCUUA